GCUCGGCCAAGGCCAUCGGCUUGCCGGGAAAGAGGACGGACUCUCUAGCCGGGCUUGGCGGCUACCACCCCACUGUCACCCUGGCGCUGCGUUGUUUGGACGGCGUGUUCCUUUCUCCUAUGGAGAAUGACUUCGUCGACAAAAUCAUGGAGGAACUGGACCACUUCCUGAUACAGAACCAGCUGGAAAAAGUCCUCUUGUUUCCUCCUCUGUCUAGUCGCCUGAGAUACUUGAUCCACCGAACCGUUGACGACGUUGAGCUCCUGAGCAGUUUUUCUGUCGGAGAAGGAUGGAGGAGGAGGACGGUGGUCUGUCAUGCGGCAGUCAGGUUGCCGGAUGAGGUGGAUUGCCCCAAUGGUGCUGUUGAAGCUUCUCACUUCCACCACCCUCCCCAUGCCAGAAGCAGAGGGAGCCGAUCCAGAGGAGGUCCACGGCAGACGGAAGCCUUGGCCAACGGCCCCCAAGCCCGAAGAGGGAAUGGCCGGGCUAGAAGGCAGCCGCCCAAGAAGCCAGACAGAGCUCUGUACGUCCCCAGGGCGAUGCGGAAGAAGCUGGAGGACACGGGACAAGGUAGCUCCACGGAAGCCUUUGAGAGUGGAUCGCAUUGUAUGAGCAGCAACAAGGAGGGAUGUCACACAUCCAGGACCGUUUGUGGCAGUGAAAGGAUUGCAGAUGGACACAGAUUAUCCAGCAAGACGGAAUAUGAAAACACCAAGUCUCAACCCCCACCCAAGCAAAGACAUGCAGAUAUGGAGUCUGCUACUAAUCAAAGUGACCGAGGUGUUCUGGGCUGCCCAGAUGUCUCUCUUUGGAAGGAGGCACCAAGGGUAUCUUACCUGGAAAAGCAGGAGAAUGUGAAGGUGGCCACAUUGGUAUCCAAAAGUAGUCCAAACCUGUCUGAAAUAGGUCCCCAACACAAAGAUGGCGGAAAUGUUUUUGCCCCACAAAGCUGUGGAAACACAGGUUUUCCAGAAGAACUGAUGGAGACCUUUGUUGACGCUCUUUCAAAACUGAGUGGAGAUUCAACUUCGCCUGAAGGCCAGAAAAUCGAAGCACCAGAUGUCCAAACAUUGAGCACAAUGCCGCUGUUCCUAGAAGUUUCGGAUAAAAGCGGCCAGGGUUCCAUUGGGUUAGAAAGCGAUACGUUCUUGUCCCUUCCUGGGACAGAUGCUCCCAAUGAUUUUCUGUUGGAAUCUAGUCAGGACUCACCCCUCUUGGAAAAUGACCACCGGACAUGUCCGUGUGCCGAUGGAGGAGAGGAGUGCAAGCUUCUCCCAGGAUUGGGAACGAGAACUGUCGAGUCCUCCAAGGACUCACUGGAGUUGCCGGCGGAAACCCAACCUCAAGAUUGCACAGUGGCACUUCCGCUGGAGUGUGGCCAAACCCAGCCCUCUGGACUCGUGAAGGAGGACCUAUUGAGGUGGGACGGUUGCAAAACCCCAUCUCGGCUAAAUCCUCAAGCUGAACCCUACUUGCACACCUCCAUCCCCAACUCCAACAAAGCCACGGUAUCAUUCGAAAGCCAGAAGAAGGAGUCCGCAAGCCUGGAGGGGCAUCAGUGGCCGGGGGUCGAGCUGUCUGCUGGGGAUAGGAGCAUGGGAGUUUCUUCAGCAGAAGGGAAGAGCAGCGUAUUCGAAGAUGAUUGCGGGACGGAACUCUUGCAGGAGAUCACAAAUUAUUUGACCAUAAAAGACAUAAGCAUUGAGAAGAUUCAGUUUGAUUACUCCAGUUAUGGGGAGGCACAGAUCAACGAAGGAGAUUUUGGCCAUGUGCUAGAGAUCUAUGAUUUUUCCCCAUUGCUAAAAACAGAACAUCUUAUGGAGACCUUUGCAGAUUUCCAAGAGGGUGGAUUUAAGUUGCAGUGGGUUGAUGACACUCAUGCCCUUGGGAUCUUUUCCAGUUUGGCAGCAGCAUCUCAAGCCCUGGAACAGAACUAUACCUCCGUCAAAAUCCGGCCUCUGAUCCAUGGAACGAGACAGUCAAAAAUCAAGGCACUUCAGCGUCCAAAGCUCCUUCAGUUGGCUAAAGAAAGACCCCAGACAGAUACAGCAGUUGCCAGAAGACUAGUAACCAGAGCCUUAGGAUUACAACGCAAAUAUCAGCAGAACUCAGGCUGCCAAGGAUUGGAAUCGGCAGCCACCAACCUGCCAGAUUAAAAACCAGAGAGUGGUUUGAAGUGACUUGGGGUGGCAUUAAAACAAUGUAUACAACCGUGUGAUGACGGCAGGGUCUCCUCUGUUCUUUUGGGUUGUGUUGUUGUUGUUGUUGUUUUGGAGUAGCAACAGGCCGGUGGCAAUAAUCACAACUUUAUAUGUGUUAGAACUGGCAGAGUUGGUUUGAGUUCAUCCGUGGGGAUUGAUGAAUGGGACAGAGGCUGAUCCAGGGAAGGCCCCACUGGAGGGCACUGCAACCCUUAAAGAGAAGAUCUUCGCCUGCCAACUCAAAGUAUUACCAGAAAACAACUUGAUUGAACACCUUUUGUUAGCAUGGGAAGGGAUAGGGCUGAUUAGUUUUUGAAAACCUGUUUUUGAAACCGUUCUGCAAAAAGUUGGCUGGGAAAACUGGCAUCUCGUUGCCGUCAAGAGACAGAAUUAAAAUUCUUUCAACUAGUAUCAAAUGUUCUCCGUUCCUCCUCGUGCCUUUUGUCUGUUUGACACCCCGCCCCCCCCCCAAACCUGCUGUCCCUUUCAAAGCUCGGGUUACUCUCAGGUUACAAGUUGGAGAC